AUGAAUCAUCAUGGAAAAUCAUGGACUCUUGAUCUGAGAUACAACAGAUCAGUUGACCAGGCUUGCAUCAGAAGAGGGUGGCGAGACUUCUGUUUCGUAAAUGUGCUAGAAGCUGGAUCUUUCCACAGGUUUAAACUUGUCCGAAACGGGACAAAGCCUUUGCUACAACUGUGUUCCGCUACUGUUCCAGAAGGAAACUGUUCCAAAGCAAAUGGAAAAGAUCAUCUCUCGGAAAAAUCAAGCAGUGAAUGCUCAGAGAGUACUACUUCAACGAAGCAGAACAACUUUUUGACAAUUACCUUUAAGCCUUACAUGCUCCAGGCAGGUCAACUUCGUCUUUCGCGAACGUUUGCUAGAGAGAAUGGGAUCAAGAAGGCAGGAGAGAUAACUCUAGUGGACAGAAAUGGAAGAAAGUGGCCGUCGUACUUGACUCCUGCCGAUGAGCAAGGAACUUUUUACUUGGCAGAAGGUUGGAGAAGUUUUUGUAAAGCCAAUAGAUUUAAAACUGGAGACUCCUUCAAGUUGGAGUUUGUAGAAAAUGGCACAACUCCUAUGCUCAAGUUCUGCUUCAAUGCUAAGGUCAAACUAAACAAAUACACCUUACAGCACAAGUACCUCAAGCAUCAAGGGAUGAAGAAGAAGUGGCUCAAGAAGAAACAGAAGCUCGGGUCCAAAAGAAAGCUCGAGUUUCUUCAGAAGGAGGAUCUUCUCGCGGCAGAUCGAGUCCUGAUCUAG